AAAAAGGUUCAAUUUUAAUUUUCCUAAUUAAUUAUUUAUUUUUUCAUCUCUUUUUGAUUAAUUAACUUCAAAGCUAUUAAUUAAAUGAUCAACUGUUUGCUCUUUGUUUUUAUCUAAAGUAAUAUGUUCGUUUAAGCCUUUUUGUUCCAAUCAACAAGCAACAUUACAAUUCUAUUCUUGUUUAAUACAAAAUCUUCUUUUCCUUGUGUUUUCUAUUCUUUUUUCGUCCAAAUUUUUAAAUCUCUUUCUGUUUUUCGCUCUCUUCGUCCGAUGUGAACAUUUCGAAACCAGUGCCUAAAAUUAAACUCAUUCUAAAAACUUCAUUCAUUUCCAUAUUUAUGGUUUUGAAUUGAUCUACAAAUUAAGAGAGUUAUUUUGAAUAAUCAUAUCAUAAAUGGUUGGCUACGAUCCGAAACGCAGCUCACAAUUCACCAGCUUGGAUUAUACUUUGGCUGGUGCGAUUUCGGGAUUUAUUACCCGAGCUUUAUUUCAACCUUUCGAUGUGGUAAAGAUUAGAUUCCAAUUGCAAGUUGAACCAAUUUCAAGCAAAGCAGCAAACUCAAAGUACAAAAGUAUAAGUCAAUGUGUCCAAAGUAUCGUCCGUGAGGAAGGAAUCAGAUCACUUUGGAAAGGUCAUGUGCCUGCUCAAUAUUUAUCAAUAGUCUGGGGAGCUCAAUUUUGGAGCUAUGAACUUGCAACCAAAGCCGUUUACUCAUCGGAAUCAUUUGCCAUGACUGAUAAAUUUUGGAUAAAUUUUGGCUGUGGAGCUUUUGCCGGUGGUGUGGCUUCUGCAGCUUCCUUACCUUUCGAUGUAAUCAGAACUCAUCUUGUCGCUCAAGGACAGAACAAAGUCAUUCAAAAUUUUCGAUCUUCUUUCUCUUUUAUCUACUCAUUCAAUGGACUACGGACUUUCUACCGAGGACUCACACCAUCGUUAAUACAAAUUCUACCUCACACCGGAUUCCAAUUUGCCUUUAAUCGACUUGCCAAUCAUAUUUGGUGCUCAUUUAUACCUUCAUCCACCGUCAACUCACCCACUGCCAUUCAAAGUUUCCUCUGUGGUGGUGCAGCCGGUACCAUAGCUAAAUGUCUAAUCUAUCCACUUGAUCUGGUCAAAAAGCGUCUCCAAAUUCAAGGUUUCAGUCAACUUCGUCAGAAUUUUGGAGUCACUCCUUCAUACAAGGGUUUCUUUAAUUGUUUCAUUGUGAUCGUCAAAACUGAAUCGCUCAUUGGCCUAUUCAAAGGUCUAACUCCAAGCCUCGCAAAAGCCUUUGUAACAACAGCCUCACAUUUCCUAUUUUACGAUCAAAGUCUAAAAGCCAUAUUACUAUUUAAAUCAUAUUAAUACUUGAAUAGUUUAUUUAUCUUUCACAAUUUAAAUUAUUAAUAAGAAGUCAACUUCCACCAUCAACUUAAUGAGAUUAAUCUAAAUACUUUCACUUGUAAACAUUUCUAAUUGUUAAAAUUUUAACCAUUAAACACUUUUUAAUCAAACUUUUAAACAAA